GCCACGCCGCGGGGCUGCGCGCACGCGGUCCCGGUGCGCGCCCCGGCACUCUGAGUGCUGCGCGACCCCGGAGUUACCAGGAGCGGGAGCCGCGGGGCAGCGGGCCCUGGCUGGUGUCUGAGCUCUCCGAAGAUGCCCCACUGCAGCCUGCACGCGGCUGCUGUCCUGCUGCUUGUCAUCUUAAAGCAACAGCCUUCCAACCCAGCCCCAGUGAACGGAUCCAAGUGGACCUACGCUGGACCCGAUGGAGAGAGGAGCUGGUUCAAGAAAUACCCAUCCUGUGGGGGCCUGCUGCAGUCCCCCAUCGACCUGAACAGCGACAUCCUCCAGUAUGACGCCAGCCUUGUGCCUCUCGAGUUCCAAGGCUACAACGUAUCUGCCAACGAGCAGUUUAUCCUGACCAAUAAUGGCCAUUCAGUGAAGCUGAGCCUGACCCCAGACAUGUACAUCCAGGGCCUCCAGUCCCGCUACAGCGCCACGCAGCUGCACCUGCACUGGGGAAACCGGAACAACCCCCACGGCUCAGAGCACACCAUCGGCGGGAGGCACUCUGCUGCUGAGCUGCACGUCGUCCAUUAUAACUCGGAUCUGUAUCCCGACGCCAGGACUGCCAGCAACAAAUCAGAAGGCCUUGCCGUCCUAGCUAUUCUCAUUGAGAGGGGCUCCUUCAAUCCAUCAUAUGACAAGAUCUUCAGUCACCUUCAAGAUGUAAAGUACAAAGGCCAAGAAGUGCCCAUUCCAGGUUUCAACGUUGAGGAGCUGCUUCCUGAGAGGCCUGAGGAGUACUACCGCUACAGGGGGUCCCUCACCACACCUCCUUGCCACCCCACUGUGCUCUGGACUGUUUUCCGAAACCCUGUGCAGAUUUCUCAGGAACAGCUGCUGGCUUUGGAGACAGCUCUGUACUGCACAGGUGUGGAUGACCCUUCCCCCAAAGAAUUGGUCGACAACUUCCGGCAGGUCCAGAAGUUUGACGAGAGGCUGGUGUACGUCUCCUUCCGACAAGACCUUACCUACACAGGACUGAGUAUGGGCAUCAUCCUUUCUGUGGCCCUGGCCAGCGUUCUUGGCAUCUGUAUUGUCCUGGGAGUGUCCAUUUGGCUUUUCAGAAGGAAGAAGAGUAGCAAAAAAGAUGACAGCAACAAGGGAGUCAUUUACAAACCAGCCAUCAAGACGGAGACGGAGGCCCAUGCCUGAGGUCCCUGGCAUUCCCAGGCACGCCCAUGGAAGGACCUUGCUUUGGAUGCUACAUACUUUGGCUCUAUGGACACUUGAAAUACCUGAGGGGGCUCUCAACAUGCAAGCAGCUCAGACACUCGAGGCCUCUAACUGGGAGCCCCAACACCCUGGUGCCAGGGCCAACCACGGCGUGAUCAGGAGGCAGGAACUCUGAGCUAUUUGCCACAUCUGUGUGGGAAUCAUUGAGUGGUCUGUAUUCUGGGGUCACAGACCAAGCCUCCUGCUGGUGGGCUCUUACUGGCUGGAAAACACAUUCAUCUGGAUGUCCACUCCAGUGUGACUGCCAUUGUCCUGGAAAUUCUGCUUUUGCUGUGAAAGCCUUCAGAACAGAAUGUACACUUUCUGCUUCAGUUUUGCUUUGGAAACUGCUUCUUUCCUUAGGGGAGGGGUUGUCUCCCUCUGAUUUCUUCUGCUCUGACAAAACCUUUAGCCUGACCUCACAACAGGGGGAGGAGGAGUGCGGGGCGGGGCUGAACUGCUACAAGGGUCAAGUGGUGAGAGGCAAGAAGACCAGAGCUAUACUUUGUAAUAUACUAGGGACAUUUUCAAAGUCCUUUGGGUCAGAAGCACUGACUAGGCCCUACAGAAAGGCUGUUUCAAGUUCCAUUUCUUAGUGGGAAGGGAAGGGAGUCAGAGAGAAAGAGAAAAUACAUGUGGGCUGGGAGACGCUCACUUUGCAACCAGAAUUUCUACUGAAGUCAUUUACCAGCCACAAUUGGGGAAGGUCAGAAUAUGAAGCCGAAACCCAACCCCUUCUGUCAGUGGGCCAGCUGUGUUUUGUAUUCUAUAGAUUUUAUUUUUAAAAAGUAGGCUGUUCCUUGAAAAUGUAUUGCUGCUUUCACCCCUCUAAAAUAGAAGUGAGUUCUGAGAUGACCCAAAUGGCUUUGGAAUCUAGAGGAAAUAAGCAGAAGCAGAAUGAUUGUAGAGCUUUGUCUCUUUUGCCCCAAUUCCACUUCCACCCACCUCUGUAGGGAGAGGAGAAGAAGGAGGCACGGGCUGAGGCAGGGCACGGGAAGGUCUGGCUUCUUUGGUCCUUCCUUUGCCUCUCGCUACUGGGGGAUCCCAAGUAUCUUUGUUCUAUUUCUUUAGUAUUAGCUGGCAAAAAUGGUAAGAACCUACACCUAUUUCUUUCACAGCCAUUCUAGAAUUUCGCUGUAUUAUUGACGCUAUUAAUCCCAUUUCAAGCUCAGACCCAAAUUCCUCUCCCCAUCACCUAAACUCUCUGUAGGCUUCCUGACCGGACCUCAGGAGUAACUCCGCUGGGGGAGCUGUGGUCCACAGCAAUCCCUGUCCCUGUGCCUCAGACCGGAGGCCACUGUGAUGACGGUCCAUUCAGCACUUCUGUAUUUAUUGUAAGAAUGAUUGUAAUGCAGACAUAUACUGUAAAUAUGAGAAAUUCUAAAUAAAAUGUUUUUCACAUCAGACUGAUUUUUUUUAUUUUUAUAAUUUUUAUUGUGCUUUAAGUGAAAGUUUACAAAUCAAGUCAGUCUCUCACACAAUAACUUACAUACACCUUGCUACAUACUCCCAAUUACUCUCCCCCAAAGAGACAGCCUGCUCUCUCCCUCCACUCUCUCGUUUCGUGUCCAUUUCGCCAGCUUCUAACCUCCUCUACCCUCUCAUCUCCCGUCCAGGCAGGAUAUGCCAACAUAGACUCAAGUGUCCACCUGAUCCAAGAAGCUCACUCCUCACCAGCAUCCCUCUCCAACCCAUUGUCCAGUCCA